AUGGAGAGCUUGCUGGGUGCCUACGGCACUGGUGAGGAGGAAGAUGAGAUGGGUCUACCAGCGGGGGCGAUGGAUCAAUAUCGCCUCCUGUUCCAACAGCACCAGCGAGGCGCUAACGUUUGCUACUAUCCCGAAGUGGGUCCCGAUCCCUGCGUGGGUCCCGGCGUCAAGAGGAAAUGGACUGGGGCUGCAGAGGCCCUGCCCGAGCCACCUUCCAGCAGCCUGCGGCCCUACGAGGCCAAGAGGACGCGACGACGAGAAGCCAUCUUCGUCUUCAUCUCCGUCUUCGACAUCUACCGCCCCUUCCUCUACGUUGCCGCUACUCGCCCCAACCCCGCCACCGUCUUCUUCAACUUCUGCUUCGUCUACGUCUACGUCGUUGUCGUCCCGCGGUUGCCCUCGACCCUCUUCAACCGCACGCGGCGACCACAGAAGUCGGCGGCGACCGAGACGAGGCUCGUGCAGCGCAUCACCCACCGCUUCUCGGGGCUCCACACGGCUCCCGUCAACACCUGCCGCUG